UGCUGUAGUGGAGGAGACACAGAUUAGUGAGAGGUUUGAGGACUCACACAUACACACACUGUACUGAAGGGCUAGAGUAGUCAUGUCCCUAAUGGUCAAAGCCUGCAUGCCCUGACAUGGGAACAGAGAGAGGGAGAGGGAAAGGGAAAGAGAGAACCCUUGUUUGGAUUUAACAACUCCGAUCCCCCUGGCUGUCAGUGGACUCAUAGAUGACUCUCACACAGGAGCAGAUGGCUGACGUGGAGAGGAUCAACAAGGAGACAGGGGAGCUGAGCGCUUCAGGGGAGCUAGCUGCCCCCAUGGAUCUGAAGGAGGGAGGAGGGGGGGGAAGAGGUGGAGGACCCCAGCCCCAUCCCCUACUGGUCCUCCGAGAGAUGCUCCAACAGAUGGAGACACACACACACAAGGAUAGUGUGAACACCUCUGGCCAGAAACACACACACCUCUCCCCUGACCACACACAUACCCAAAAGGAAACCAUGGACCAGAGCGAGAUAGACACACCCCUCCCCCUCGACCAAAAAGAGGAACACUUGCGCCGAGUCCUGCCUCUCUACAUACAGGUAUGUGAAAGUGGUGGUGGGACAGAGGAGCUGGAUCUGAGGAGUCUAGCUGCUCUGACUGCAGACACUGUGGUCUCCAACAUCCAUGACAUACUGGCAGAAAAACCUGCAGAGGAGGCUCGCUACGAGGUGCAGCAGUUCUUCCAGAGAAGAGACGAGACGGACAACACAGAAGAAAUAGACAACAGUGAGAUAGACAGCAGGGAGACAGACAGGGCAGAGGAGACAGGCAGGGGAGAGUCACACAGCCAGACAACACAGACAGACAAUGCAGGAUGGCUUCUGUUGAAGACUCUGUCUUUCCUGACUGCUACAAACUCUACUGAAUUGAUGUCUGUAGUAAAGCCAGGUCUGCCGGCGGCCCUGGUGAAGUGUCUCUACCUGCUAGUGUGUCUACCGGCCCGGAAGGAGAGAGCAGCAGUAGAGACCUUUCAAGAACUGCUCGUACAGGUUCUGUUACAGCUGUGCAGUCACCCUUCCAGUGUGGAGGAGAUGGUGGAGACUGAGGAGUUGCAGUGUCUGAUCAUCUCGCUCACAUCACUACACGACCAGACUAGUGCCCCCUGGAGGCACCAGGCAUCACGUGUCCUCAGAGCUGUCUCUGCUGCUAAGACACCCAAUACCGUCCCCUUCCUACAGGGUGAGCUGAAGUGCAAAAAUUCUAAUUUUAGUAGUCAAUUACACUAAUAUAUUCAGUAUUAGUGGCCCAUGCAAGAAUCAAACCCACAAGCUUGUUGUUGCAACCACUGUGCUCAAAACAGGUAGAUAUUGAACAGGAGUUGAGUUGAGAAGAAAGGGCUGACAUUAUCAUCAGAAUAAACCAACAUUAUCUGAUAAUGGCCAUUUCCUAUUAUUAUAAUUUUUUUAUGUUUGCCUAAUCAAUGCAACACUGGUGUUUGAUUGCAACAUACAAUUCCUCAAUUGAGAGUGGUAGAGAGUCUGUAUCAGUUUAGCUUCAAUUAUUGGUUGGAUAUUUUUCCCAUCAGUGAUGUAAACCAAAAUUGGUUCUGUGAAAGUUCCCAGAACAUUCCUUAGGUCGUGGCAAAUGUUCUCAUAACAAAAUAACUGACCAGUCGUGGGGAGGAUUAUAGAAUAUUCGUAUGAAAAAUUAACCUGAUGUUGCAACAACGCUCCUAGAAAACAUUUAUUCUGUUCUUUAAAGGUUCCCAAAAUGUUUAAUUAGGUUGUGGGAACAGUCUGCUGAGAACAAUAUGUGGACAUCACAUUAGAUAUGUUCCCAAAACAAUAAAAAUUGUCCAGUUGGGCAGAUGAUUCUACAAAGUUUAUUUUUGGGUGCAGAAAAACAUUCACAGAAUGUUCAUUAGGUUGUUGAAACAUCAUGUGGACAUGACAAGCGAUAUAGUCCCAAAACACAAACAUUAUUACAAUAUUUCUAUUAGGUUGCAAAAAACUAUUUGCCUGAUUUUGCAAGAACAUUCCCAAAACACAUUUUUUCUGUCCUUUAAAAGUUCCUAAAACAUUUAUUUAGGUUGUGGGAAUAUUGUGAAGAUAUGAGAUAGGUUCCCAAAACACUAAAACUGGUUAGUUGUGCUGACAUUCGGAUAAUGUUUGUUUCAGGGUGCAAAAAACAUUCCUUUGAUGUUGCAAGAAUGUUGACAGAACAGCCUUUCUGAAUUCUUUAAAGGUUCCC